AGCUACUCAGAUGCCGAUGAAUACAGUUUUAUAACAGACUCAGACGAGACACUGGCAGGAAGAGAGCAACCUGGCGCUGGGAGGGCGGCCUUGGAGUCUCCGCUCAUUGCCAGGGUCAGAAGUUGGCCCUGUGUUUGCUCUUCACGAUGAAAGAAAACCGCGGGAGAGCGCUGAGCGGCGGAGAACUGCAUUCAGCCAGUGGGCACGAAAAUGAGUUUUAGCUGCUCUGUGCAAAAACCCUAGGUGUGUGGACAGAAGGGAGCCGACCAGAAGGUUACAACAGGUCAGGAAUAAAUAACCACCAGGCGGAGGAUCCCAGAUUCAGUCCUUCCUUUUGUUGAGUGAGGAGCGAGCGCCAGGCAAUCGCGUUCACAAAGGCUUUGGAAAGAAGCGGUUCCACCGUCCCCGCUCGGCUCCAGCCCCGGGGGUACAGGCAUGGAUGGGAAGAAAUGCAGCAUAUGGAUGUUUUUACCCCUUGUAUUUACCUUGUUUACAUCAGCUGGAUUGUGGAUAGUAUACUUUAUAGCUGUGGAAGAUGACAAAAUUUUCCCAUUAAACUCAGCUGAAAGGAAACCUGGUGUGAAGCAUGCACCAUAUAUAAGUAUUGCAGGUGAUGAACCUCCUGCAAGCUGUGUGUUUAGUCAAGUUAUGAACAUGGCAGCAUUCCUAGCUCUGGUGGUAGCUGUUCUGCGCUUCAUACAACUGAAACCAAAGGUUUUAAAUCCGUGGCUGAAUAUUAGUGGAUUGGUGGCGCUCUGUCUGGCUUCCUUCGGAAUGACCUUACUUGGUAAUUUUCAGCUCACAAAUGAUGAAGAAAUCCAUAAUGUCGGAACUUCCUUGACUUUUGGAUUUGGCACGUUGGCCUGCUGGAUCCAGGCUGCAUUGACACUCAAAGUAAACAUCAAGAAUGAAGGACGGAAAGUUGGGAUUCCACGAGUUAUUCUCUCAGCAUCUGUCACUCUCUGCGUGGUCCUCUACUUCAUCCUCAUGGCCCAGGGCAUCCACCUGUACGCAGCCAGGGUCCAGUGGGGCCUGGUCAUGUGCUUCCUGUCUUAUUUUGGCACCUUUGCUGUGGAGUUCCGGCAUUAUCGUUACGAGAUCGUCUGUUCCGAACACCAGGAGACUUUCCUAAGCUUCUCAGAAAGCCUGUCUGAAGCUUCUGAAUAUCAAACCGACCAGGUGUAACCCAUCAGUUUUUCCUUGCUGGCGAGGUGGGUGUAGCAGCAGGGGAGGGGCCAAGGCACACCCACAGGACUUGACACACAGCCUCAUGACACAUCGUAAACACAGGCACGUGCACACGCACACACACAUUCAUGGCCACGUUUGCCAAACGAGCGUUUCAGGGCGAGUUAUUUAACGAAAAAGCACAAGCCCUAUGUGUCGAAAUACACGCUGUUAACACUGAAAAUAUAAUGCACGACAGAGCAAGAAGCUUGUGCAUGAUCACCUCUCUUUUCCCCUCUCUCCCAACACCCCCUGCUCUUCUUGUCGUCUUCACAUAUUCCAGACAUCCUGAUCACCCUACCUUGGGCAGGCCAACUGUAACAUGGGAAUAACGCCAACUCCCAAAGUUGCCUUCAGAUCCAGAGGGCUUGGAACCAGCUCAUGAGGACAUUGUGAAUCUGGCACUAGGG